CCAAAUGAUUUUAAAUUUCCGUUCCUGCCGUUCUGCCAACUCGCGAAACCAGGCUGCUAGCUCUGCUCCGCCGAUGUCGUUCUCUCUCGACACAGCAGAAAGAGUUGGGACUAUUUGCAUGCUGCCCGAAACGACUGUCUUGGAUAGCGUGAAGAAGAAUAACAAGAAGAAUGAGAAGGAAAAAGUGGGAUGUAGUACUUGCUGCUGCACCUGCACUCCAGAUGGGAUCAGGCCAUCCUGGCUGAGGAAGAGCGACUCAUCGUCAUCCGUUUUGGCCCUAACUGGGACGGGACCUGCAUGCAGAUUUCUUGCCUAGCGGCCUCUCUAAAUUGGUAGACAUGCUCUCAUUUUCCUCAACAUCUAUGGCAAUGGCAGCUGGAACAGUAGGGCAACCCGUCUUUCUCUUUGUUGGCAAAUUAUCCAUAUGCACUUGCCACUUUGGUUGGUGCCUCAAUAAGUUCCAACAAUGAUUCAAUUGUAAUUUCUUUUUUGUGUCGAUCGGUACAAUGCCUUUGCCUUGUCAAUCUAAACACCAAUCAUAAAAAUAUUAGUACAUAUUACAAUCCAAAUUUAUGAUAAUUAGAAACAUACCUUGUCUUGUUCAUUGGUACCGCUUGGAUGCAUUGACUCGACUUGGGCUAAGAAACCACAAAACUUAUUUGUGGCUUUUUGGAUAGUUGACCAUCGAUUAGUCAACGACUCCACAGAACGUUCAGGCCAAUUAGCAUUUUUAUAAGUAUUGAAGUAAUCAUGGAUUCUUAUCCACAAUUGGGUGGACUUUUGAUCUGUCCCCCUAAUAGCGUCUAUAUUAAUAUUGAGCCACCCUGAUACAAGGAGGUUGUCUUCCUCCACGGUGAAGGACACACCCCGUUGGGAUAGUUUAGUUCGUGCCCUUACUUGCCCUUCGGGUUGUGUCACUUCAACCUCAGGAAACACAUUAUCAUGCAAAACACGAGCCAUGGGGGGGUUAAUAAUACCUUCUCCACCACUUUGCAAUAGUGUGGUGAAAAAUGGAUCGUAUUGGCAGUGUGAAUCCAUCCUAGAUAAAAUAGUCACCAAGUAAUAAAAUCAACAGUCAGCAAGUAAGCAUGGAAGACAGUCAAAACAGUAUGCCAACACACACAACACAACAUCUGAAAAGUUACAAGGUUGACUAUUAACAAUGAAAAUGCAAAUUGGAUCACUAUCACUCUGCUGGCUCUGUAAUUUUUCAGCAGCUCUAACAACAAAUAAAUGAGCUAGUUUGAUUGAGAAGUGUUUUGAUUGAGAACAGUAUGAUAGUCUCUUCUUUCUCGCUUUUAAUACAAUCUUGAUUACUUAUAAAAAAAAAAGUAUGAUACUCAAAAAAGUAUGAUACUUAAUACCUGAUCUUUAAUUUCCUAGAGGAAUUCCAACCUUAAAUCUAAAACUGGUUAUCUCCAAAACAGGUUCUAUUAUAACCAAAUACAUUAUGCUUUUCAUCAUGUUUGCAGCUUCCAAGUGUUUGUUAUAUUUCGGGCACUAAUUUUUUCAAUUUUCU